AUGGAGCGACUACCUACUGAGCUCCAUGUCCAAAUCAUCGGCCAUCUUCGAGAAGAAACGAUACUCAAUACCUGCUUCGAUCUCCUGCAUUUUCGCCUGACGAGCCACUAUUUCGGCGAAGUCGCCACUCCAUCCCUUCAUCAAGCUCUACAUGAAUGGCUUGGCGCGUCUGAAUGUCUGCCGCCCUGGUUGGAUCCUACCCUUGACGCUCGCCCUACCAUUACAGCCAUCUUAAAAAGCCUACACUUCUUCACACAGACAAUCAAGGUACUUCCCCCAAGAACUCAGUGCUGGGCCUUUCGUUACACAGCACCUAAGGAGCCUUACACCAUCUCACGACUCCAACAGGAGAAGAGAGGUACCGUAGAGCGUUUAGUGCAAAAGCUCCUCGAAUACGAGACGUUCAUCGAAGCAAGUGCAGUAGUUGAUUUGUAUAAGAACCGCAAAAUCAAGUGGAUAGACAAUUGUGGGAGGUCUGAAGUAAUGAAAAAGGGAUACCUAAGGGAUACUAGAGUCGCGGCAGGUAUAGAAUACAAGGCGAUGUUCCAAGAUAUUACGCUGAGUAUGGACUGUGAGAAGGAUCUUUUGAUCAUAAGUACAGAGGAAAUGAACCAGAGGAUCGCUGCGGAAAAGGCUAAGAAUCAAAGAGAUGAAGAGGGGUCGUAG